AUGGAUGGCCCCAGAAUUAACCACCUUUUCUUUGCUGACGAUGCUCUCUUGUUUGUUAGGAACCAACGUAGUGAAGUGGACACUUUCAUGAGAAUUUUGAACAACUUUACUAGGAUGUCGGGUCAAAGCAUAAAUUUGGAAAAGUCAAUGGUAAUCAACAGCUGGUUGAAGUGCCUAUUGUCAAAUGGUGGCAAGGAGAUUUUCAUCAAGUCUAUUAUCCAAGCAAUCCCUACUUAUGCUUUCUUGAUCUUUAUGGCUCUUGAGGAGGUGAUUGAGGAGAUCCAAUCCUUGAUAAGUUGGGUUUGGUGGGGAGAGGAAAAUGGGCUGGAGCAUGCUGCCUUGGGAUUGGCUGUGUCAUUCGAAAGGCAUGGGUGGCCCUGGUUUCAGGGAGUUACGACUGUUCAACGUCACUCUUUUGGGCAGACAGCUUACCAUGAGCUGGAGGAGCAAUUGAGAACGACUCGUGUCUACGUUGGCCGAAUGAAAGCAAUCAUGAGGAAGAGAUUUAUUCCUGCCUAUUAUCAUCAUGAAUUGUACCAAAAGUUGCAAAAUCUCACUCACGGAAACCGGAGCAUAGAAGACUACUACAAAGAGAUGAAGGUAGGCAUGAUUCGAGCUGACGUUGAAAAGGAUCAAGAGGCUACCAUGGCAGGGUUCCUUGCUGGUUUAAAUCAAGAUAUUGCCAAAGUGGAGGAAUAG